AUGUCUACUAAUGCCGAGAAAGAGCAGAUAUCACAGAAGUUGCAGCAGCAAUACAACAUCUAUCAGGAAAACAUAGCCGAGCUCGAAAACCAACUAUCUUCUGUUUCCAUGCAAAUCAACGAGCAUGUUAUAGUAGAGAACACCUUGAAUGGAAUUCCAGCUGAGGAAAAGAAAAACCGUAAAUGUUUCAAGAUGAUCGGAGGGGUUUUGGUCAAUAAGACUGUGGACGAAGUUCUCAACAUAUUGAAGGAAGAAGUGGCUACUUUGACAGAACAAAGGGCAAAGGCAGAAGCAGAAUUGACCAAGAACAGAAAGGAAUUAGAAAAGUGGAAGACCAGCAACCACAUCAAGAUCAUCCGAGGAAACCAGCCCGUGUAG